CUCUCUCUCUACCAAUUAGUAGUCGUCUUGCUCGGAGACCUCAUCACCGACGGACCAUACUUCCCAAUUCUUGAUUCCGCCGGAAACCCUAAUCGCCUCAAUUCGGUAGGCAGGACCUCUGAUUACUUGCCCUUGGGCAGCCCGAAUUCGCGCGUAUUGGUUUCAGGAGGAAGAGUUUAAAACAGUUUAAGAGAAAAUGGCGCUCCAGGAGAAGCUGGACAGGUUCAAGAAGCAGCAGGAGAAGUGCCAGUCGACGCUUACCAGUAUUGUGAACAGAGCGGGAGCUACAAGGACCCCAUCAAAGCCGAUGCCGCUGAACAACCCUCCGGCUAACGCGAGGCCUCCUGUUCCUGUCAAGUUCUCCAAUGACACUGAGAGGCUUCAGCACAUCAAUAGCAUACGAAAAGCGCCAGUUGGAGCCCAGAUGAAACGUGUCAUCGAUCUGCUGCUUGAGACUAGGCAAGCACUUACUCCAGAGCAGAUAAAUGAAGCAUGCUACGUUGAUAUGAAUGCCAAUAAAGCUGUCUUUGACAGUUUGGCUAAGAACCCAAAAGUCCACUAUGAUGGAAUGCGCUUUUCUUACAAGUCCAAGCAUGAUUUGAAGGACAAGAAUCAGUUGCUGUACUUAAUAAGAAAAUUUCCUGAGGGAAUUGCUGUCAUAGACCUUAAGGAUGCAUAUCCAACGGUCAUGGAGGACUUGCAGGCUUUAAAAGGUGGAGGUCAAAUAUGGCUUCUCUCAAACUUCGACUCACAAGAGGACAUUGCCUACCCCAAUGACCCUAAGGUUCCAAUAAAGGUCGAUGAUGAGCUGAAACAGCUUUUCCGAGGGAUUGAGCUGCCCAGAGACAUGCUCGACAUCGAGAAGGAUCUCCAAAAGAACGGAAUGAAGCCAGCAACUGACACUCCUAAGAGGAGGGCUGCAGCCCAAGUGCAGGGCAUCUCCUCCAAGCCCAAGCAGAAGAAGAAGAAGCAUGAGAUCAGCAAGAGGACCAAGCUCACCAACGUACAUCUUCCCGAGCUCUUUCAGAAUCUCAGCAGUUCUUGAAUAUUCAAUUCGCAACAUCUCUUCGAGCCAUUCCAGUUUGGGUUGUAUAAUAUGAAGAGCAUAGGGUGGCCAUUUGGCAAGAGCAUUAUCAAAACUUGUGAUCUGUUUCUUUUGGCAUGUGCAAAGCCAAAAAUAGGUGGUUUUUUUAAUGCACCGGUUAGUGUAAGCAAGAAAUUGUUGUUCUUCAUCUUGUAUUCGUUCUUCGGAGAAUGCUAUAGGAUCAGUUUUUAAAGAGGUCCACUGUACGUAACAUGCCAUAUGGUGGGUAUAAACACCACGACAAUGACUGAACAUGUUAAACGUUGAAGAAGGCAGCAUCUGCUCGGUUGUGCGGUUGGA